AUGUUCAAGCUCGUCCUUGCCGGCUUGGCGGUAGCCCUCUUCCAGGGGGCGGUGUCCCAAGAAAUCCCGAAGGCGUUGCGCGGAGGCAGGCGCCUAGAGGACGCCUCGGAGACCCCAGCCGCGACACCGGCCGAGACCCCUGAAGCAACCUCAGCUGAGACCCCUGCAGCGACCCCAGCCGAGACCCCAGCGGAGACUCCAGCCGAGACGCCGGCAGAGACACCCGCUGAGACACCCGCCGAGACGCCGGCGGAGACGCCAGCCGAGGAAGAUGGAGGGCUGACGCAGUGGGAGCUGAACGAGCUGAACCGCGAGUUCAUCACCGCAGUCAGGUUGCAUGACUACGACAAGGCGGAGACGCUGCUCACUGAUGGCGCGGACAUUGAUGACGUGACCUUCAGCGGACCUCGCUGGACCCCACUGGCAGAUGCUUGCGUCGGGCGUGACAAUGCUAGGGCGCUCUGGCUGCUCGAGAAGGGAGCGGACCCAGACUUUGCCGACAAUCGUGGUCGCACCCCGCUCUACCAUGCCGUCCACUACGAGAUGCAUGAUGUUGUGGAGGAGAUGCUCAAGACGGCCAAGAAUCUCUCACCGCACGACGGCGACGGGGUGGACAUGCUGACGAGGGCAGUCUGGCAGAACGAUGCCGCGAUGGUGGAGAUGCUGUUGGAAGCCGGGGCCGAAUCUCGUGUCGCAACAGGUGCGGCUGUGAACGCCAUCUGGGAGAUCCAGACACUCUUCGGCUACACCUCCACCGUUGCACCUCUCGCCACGGAGGCCCCAGCUGAGACGCCCAUCAUCCCGUGA